AUGGCGAGGUCGAGGAGAAAGUACAAGAACUCCAGGGCAAAGGUUCGCGUUGCUCUUCCAAAGAAAAACCCUAACAUCUUUAAGCCAGCUUUCAACUUCCCUCCGAAGCUCCGCGCUCUCAUGGCGGACGAUGUCCCCGAAUGGGACGAUCAGGCUAGCGUCAUCCAGAACUACAAAUCCUUCGGCGUCCUCUCUAACCCUAAUUUGCUCGGUAUCCGAUCCCGCACCGACCAUAUGAUACAGGAUGAUUCCCUCAACGUUCCUCCUCCUCCUGAGCCACCCACCGAUGAUCCUAUUGCUAAGGAGUUCGAGCCCAUCGAUUCCGGCAGCGAUCUCGAGGAAGACGGUACGUUUUUCUUCUCUGUUCUUUGUUACUAUUUAAGACUCAAGCUUGGACAAGUCUCGUGGAUUCAUCUUCGAUCCAUGUUCCGAGACAGAAAGCUAAACUCGAUGCAGCAUUCGGUUGCAACACUACGGAAGCUAUGCACAAGAUACCAGAUUUACAAGGAUAAGAACCCGAUUUUAGUUCCAUGCUGA